GCGGGGAGCGGAGCGAUGCGGCCGGCCGGGCGGCUCGUGAGCGGAGCGGCACUGUGGCUGCUGCUGGCGGCCCGGGCGGUGGCGGCGAUCGAGCCCAUCAGCAUGGCCAUCAGCAUCGGGGCCGCGUCCAUCAUCACCGGCUACUUCUCCUACUGCCGCUUCGCCGAGUGCUGCCCCAAGCAGCGGCCGCUCAACGCGACGGCCCUGCAGCUGGCGUUGGAGGAGAAGCUGUUUGGGCAGCACCUGGCCGCGGAGGUGAUUCUCAAGGCGCUGACCAGCUUCAGGAACAACGACCGCCCCAAGAAACCGCUGACCCUGUCCCUGCACGGCUGGGCCGGCACAGGCAAGAACUUUGUGAGCCAAAUCGUGGCCGAACACCUUCAUGCAAAAGGCCUGAAGAGCAACUUUGUCCACCUGUUUGUGUCGACUCUGCACUUCCCUCACGAGCAGCAGAUAACCCUGUACCAGGACCAGUUACGGAAGUGGAUCCGGGGCAACGUGAGCGCCUGCGCCAGCUCCGUGUUCAUCUUCGAUGAGAUGGACAAGCUGCACCCCGGGGUCAUCGACGCCAUCAAGCCGUUCCUGGACUACUACGAGCAGCUGGAAGGCGUGUCCUACGGGAAGGCCGUCUUCAUCUUCCUCAGCCCCGAGGUACAGAGUCUUACAUGUGGUUUUCAUCUCUGUUUCUUGGGCAAACCCAGCAACGCAGGGGGGGACCUCAUCACGCAGACGGCCCUGGAGUUCUGGCGGGCGGGCCGGAAGAGGGAGGACAUCCAGCUGAAGGACCUGGAGCCCGUGCUGUCGGUGGGAGUCUUCAACAACAAGCACAGUGGCCUGUGGCGCAGCGGGCUGAUCGACAGGAACCUCAUCGACUACUUCAUCCCCUUCCUGCCGCUGGAGUACUCGCACGUGAAGAUGUGCGUGCGCGCAGAGCUGAGGGCCCGCGGCGCGGCCGUGGACGAGGACGUCGUCACCAGGGUGGCGGAGGAAAUGACCUUCUUCCCCAAAGACGAGAAAAUCUACUCCGACCGCGGCUGCAAGACGGUGCAGUCCCGGCUGGACAUCCUGUGACCUCCCUCCGAGCAGGGCGGCUGGGAGCUUAGGGCCAGGGCCUCGCCUCUCGGAACCACUUGGAAGACGUCGUCAGGAUUUGCACAUUUGUACUUGUGGACUUUCGGAAUCUAGAAGUUUUUAAGAGUUGAUUUUUGAUAAGCCGCUGAUCUGCCAAGUGCCUUGUCAUUUUGCAACAUGGCAGCAAUGCAGCUGUUGUUGCCGUUGAAGAUGAACUUUUAAAAUCCGAUCCCCCCACUCCUUCUCUUGACUCUGCAGAAGUGCCUUGCAAACAGCUGUCUGUGACCUCAAACUGCUGUCGCUCCUGAAGUCCAGGGCCUGCUGCGCGCUGGGAGCACUGGCUGUCACCUGCCGGAGCCAGGCUUCCACUCCGGUCCUCUUCACAGAGGCCCUGACAGGCAUUUUCCGUGGAGACCGGCGGUGCCUUCAGGCGCGGGCAGUGUCGGUGGGAGGACGUGUCGGGUCCUCGGUGCCGCAGCCAGAACAGGGGUCAUCGGCAUCUGGCCGCUGCUCUGCUGCCCGUGGAGCCCGCUCGCCUCUCCCUGUGGCCCUUCUGGACGCCAGUGACCCCUGCGCCCCCACCAGAGCGUUGGUUUCAGUUUCAGGUCCUAGUCCCAUGGGGACGUGUUUGAUAGUUUACACUGGG